AUGCACCAAACGGAUGGGCAGCAUGAAGAUGAUUCAGAAGAUGACCAUUUGGAUGACUCUGAAUACAAGCUGAAAAAAUCAUUACAAGGAACGACAGUGUUAACGAUGUCCACUUGCAGUAUGACGGUGAAUGAUGGAAAUCAACUCCAGACUAUGGAUAACUAUAACC